CACUUUGGUAACUCUUCAAGAGAAGUAGAACUCACGGCAGGACAGCUAGACGUGGGGAAGUUUAUAUUACCGGUUAAACAUGGGAUAUCCUUCUGUUUUCAGCAUCGUAUUGACCAGCAUACUAUGCUAUACGACUGCUUAUGACCCGAGCCAAUGUGACUACGCUGAAACAUACUACAACGUAUUCAAAAUUGGUCAGCACAAUUGCGAUUGCCAGGCCAAGAGUACUGGCCAGUUGAAGUUCGAUAAAGGGAAAGUUCUGGUUUGUGAUGGGAACAGGUGGAAUGCACUUCAGUAUGAGUACGGGUCGAAAAAUAACCCGGGUUUUUCAUGCGAGGACAUCAGGUCACGCUCAGCAAAACAAGCGGCUAAUGGUCUUUACUGGAUCACAUUGGGUGACAACAGAGAAUCCUUUCCUGUUUAUUGUGACAUGGGUGCUGCAGCGGCCAAUGUUCCAGAUCCUAUCGCCCACUAUCCCUUGAACAGCAGGUACGCAACACGGGAAAUAAAGAAUCGACAACCCCAGGGUAUCCCUAAGGGUGUUCACCUGGAAGCUGGCCCGGAUGGCAAAACCGGUGGCUCGUAUCAGUUUGAAGGAAAAGCCGACAGUUACAUUGAGUUCCCAAACAACGGAGGGCUAGACGCAAAGUAUUCCAUGACAAUGCUAUGUUGGGUGUAUCCUCAAAAUUUAGAAGGACCAAUCUUCAAUUACAAAACAAGUGGUCAAUGGGGUGUUCAUAUGUGGAUGGUUGCGGGUAAGCUGUUCGGCCGUUUUAACCACAGGAAUUACGCUUUCACCCCCCAUCUCCUUAGUAGUCAGCUUCUACCGCUAAACCAGUGGUAUUAUGUUGGUGCGUCCUACGAUCAUAAUAGUGGUAUUGCAAGGCUCUGGUUAAACGGCCUGCAAGUCCUGCAGCUGAAUAUUGGAGCCAAAAUAACCCUUGGUUCUCAAGACAGCGUCAGAAUGGGUGCAAAAGGAGGCGAUCAUCGGUAUUUUAAAGGUCGAGUUAGCGACAUGAGGAUUUAUGAUGUCGCUUUGACCAUGGAGCAAAUAAAUGCAUUGAAACAAGCCGAUCAAGGCUGGACCAUGGUGUUUAAGGCGGUAUCUGGAGCCAAUCAAGUUGCGUUUGAAGCUUACAAGUCGGAUGAAACAUACGCCGAGAACGAAACGGCCGCUCUUGACGUCACUAACAAGUAUCUCAAAGACUACAAGAACAGGAUUGUUUUGAACUGGGGUCAAUUCGGUGCGUCUGAGGCAAGAGUUGUUCUAUAUAAGGGUUAUGAUCCAGUUAAACAACUGAAAUUCAACGUCCAGGGAUCAGACAAUACGAACUGGUUUCAGUUUGAGAGACUGACUGAAAAUCCAUGGACUGACAUGGCAACCGCGCCACGUAACCUCUUCACCAUUGAAGAUACCCCUUGGAAACGCAGCUUCAUCAUCAACAGCGUAUAUCCUGGCUGCGGUGGCGAUGUUGGCUGGAUGGUGAUCACUGGAUGGCCCUGUGCCUGGGAGAAACACUUCGGUCAAAACGCUGUCAUAUACAGCAAGCUGACCGGACGCGCCAACUGGAAUCAUUACAACAAUAUAGGCAAGGCAGACACCAUGGUUAUUUUCUUGCGUUAAGUACAGAACCACAGCUCACGUGCACAACUUACCAGUGACCGGAGCAUACAAAGGAACCUGAUGAGGCAGUAGAUUUAAUUUGCUUGCUGUAGUGGCAGGGUUGUUAGAUUUGGGGUUCGGUAUUGCUUAUAGACCAAGAUAAGGAAAGGACAGAGGUCCGUUUUCUUCGCUUACGCUUGAUAGUUAUGUUCUGCAGUGACGAAAAUAAAAUAAAGGGAAAAAUGUGGUGAAAUUCGUCAGAUAUGCUUAAUUUUUAACAUUUUAGUGAUCUAACCAGCAGUAGUCCUUCAUUAACACAUACAGUUACAAUUUGCCUCUUACCUCGUUGGCCUACUUCAGGCAAUUUCAUGGUUUAAAGAUUCAAACAUGCCACUAGCAUCCAAAAAUUCCAUUAGUGGGACAAAGCCGGUUUUCCAUUGCACGUUACUUUGCCUUGAAGAGGUUAUCCACGUGACCCAUCGAAUCCGGGAUGAUACGAUACGAAAAUGUCACGGCGGGCAAUUGCAAUUCGUAAGGGUCCCUAUAAGUUUCGAUUUUCUUAUAAUAUCGUCGUUUGGUGCCCUCCCAGUAACAUUCAUGUUUGGUGGCGCUCCGAGUGAACUGAACGAACCUGGUUUCUUAGAAAUCACUGAUCAUAGCCAAAGUAACUAAAUUUGCUUCCUUUGACUUUUUCACUUCUUACCUUUAUGCCCCGGGGGGGGGGGGGUA